AUGUCGAUUCCACAAGGGUCGAGGCCAUUAACAUUCAUCACGAUGAAUACGCCGAAGGGUCAAGAAUUCCAAGAAUUCGCCGAGCAACUCAAGCUUGUCUACCACUUUGCGUUCACUCAUCAUUUGAUGGACGUGCGGGGUGGACAACAAAUGAGAAAAAUUCCUGUUUUGCUCGACAAUAAUUACACCGCAAUAAAUAGCAAGUCAAAACUGUUUUGCAUUAAGGAGAGCGGCGCGAUCAUCAUGGUGCGCAAGAUGAAUGAGCGUUUAAUGGCCGACGAAGAUUGCGAAAUGGCGGAGAUGCACGAUUGGGUCGCAUUGGGAAUCUCAGAGCUCUCACCGGUUAUGAAUGAGUGUAUUUACUUCUUCCGCUAUGCGAAAGACGAGGACACGAGGAUUCCCGAUACAUUCCGCAAACAAUUGGUCAGCUUAUUUCGCGCGCUCGACUGUCCUUUGGGCAAUUAUAACUCAACUCAACCUCGUAUUUACGUGUCAGGACAGGGACGUGGGAAAUAUUCCAAUGCAGACAUAGUAAUAUGGCCGUGA